UCUAAAACGGCACGCUCCAGGGAUUGUCAUGAUACCACCUAAACAGACAGCGUCAUGCUCAUGAGAAAAUUGAAAUUGUUGCCUUGAUAAUUUCUUGCACUACCCCACCUCGCGCGGCUGAUUAUCACCAUGAUCUAAAAACCGGUUUGUAUCAUCUGCACUACGAAGGCCGAGAAAUAAAAAAUGUUUGACGACUUGGACGUCCUUCUUGGGGAAACCGCAGCAUUGGGCGAGAGCGCUAAAGCGAAAAAGAACCCUCGACCACGAGGGAAUGAUAAAGCAAAGGAGGGCUGGGGAUUUGGCGCCUCAAGCUCGGUCGAGACGAAAAAGAAAGAUGGUAGGUUUCACGCUUUCUUGUGAUGAACAAUUAUUGAAUUUGAACUAGUUCCACCACUUAAGUCUAUUACGGCUAGUAGCAAAUGAAUGUACAGAAACAGAACCUAUGUGUUUCAUUUUCAGUUUCUAUUGUUUCACUUUCGUGGCUACUGUCGUUCCCGUCACCAGUGAGUAGUUGCUCUUGAAUCCGAGACGCUCUUAUUCAGAUCCAGCCGCUACUAGUCUCAGUCUCACCGCCACGCAGGAGAGUCAAGAUACACUUAUCAAAACGAGCUCGAAGCAUGACAGCUUCGACGAUGGGCCAGGCGGGGACGCCAUUCCGACUAUCUUAUGCCGCUUCUAACAUCACUUUUCUUGAUACACGACCUUAGGAGCUUGUUAAGGCAAAUGUCAUCUAUAAUUCUUUAUGUUUAUAGUACAAAGAGACAAGGUAAGUUAUAUAUAACACUCCUCUCCGCCCUUUGCCUUUCUUCUUGAAGUAGAUGCAGUUCCAAUAACUUCUUGGUCAGAAGCAGACCCAAGAACGGUCAGGAAAUAUUCUGAUGUAAAAAACGCCUUAUUUUGCUUCUAGGUGGUGCUAAUCACUCCUGAUCUCGAGGACAACGACAAUGACGACUUGACAGAGCAAAUCGCUGCGCCGCCGAUUGCUAAUGAUGCCCGGUUUUUCCAGUCUCUGCGCGAUCUAGAAAAAGAUUCAGCGGAAAAGAAACUGGUACUGGAAAUUGAAAUUUGAAGGGUCGAUUAUCUGCUCAUGUACUUCUGUUGCAGGUAUAACUGCAUUCGAAUCAUGGACGAGAAUUAUGACAAAAGCACCUCCACGUCUACACUCCGAUAUGGAACUGUUCUCAGAUUUUCAAAUAUCCUGAAGUUUUCUUAUCAACAACAUAAUGAUGUGUAAGUAUGUAUGUAAUUUUGUUUUUUAUGUAAUUUUGUUUCCUAGUUAGACGUGCUCCACCGGUAUUAUCAACAACAUAAUGAUCAGCUGCACACGUCGGCGCAACAGGGGGUGGAUUUGUCGGCGUUGAUGAGCGUGAUGACGCCAUACUUAAGGCUAGUUUUUCAUUACCACAUGCUCAAAUUACUGUUACCUAUGUAUCCUUUCUGUUGAGAAGAACGAUAUUACAGAAACAAGGAUAAACAAAGAUUACUGGAUCGGGGGAGGCACAUUCAAUGUUAUAUAUUUAUAGUAGAGUAAGGCCAAUAACGGGUUUCGAGUUGCCACGAGUUGCUCGAACUGCCGAAGCGAAGAGCUUCACUGCUGGAACGAGUUGCCGGGAGGUGUCCGCUCCAUCGAAAUGGAGCGAAGCAGGGCGGUGCGAGCACAAACCCAGCUGCUCGAAGUGGUGAACUGUAGGAGAGUGCUGCGCUUGGUGUUGCUCAUGAAAGGGGCAACCGGGUCCGAGGGGCUCCUGUGCCCCUUAUGACUUUUUUUCUGUAGCUUGCCGGCGGGCGUUUAUUAAAGCACAACCAAGGUGGCGAACGACUCUUCUCGUUGUUGUUUUUGUUUGGUUUCAGUGUCGCUGUGGCGUGUGGUGUCGUCUAGUCGGUGACGCUCUCCCUUUUUUCUUCGGAUGUGUUCCCAAUGAAUCCACUUUGGGGGUGGGAGCGAGUAGCCCCCGUCUGGCGUCUGCUUUAUAUGGCGGCGCGUCCAGCCUUGCUCGGGGGUGAGUAGACUAGAGAAAGCAGUAGUUGGGGGUGGGAGUUGGAAGUGGGUUAUCGCACUAGAUUCGUAGUCCUUACUUAGAUGUCGUAAGUAAUUAGAUGACCAAGCAAGUGGCUGAGAUGAGUCUCGAGCCCGAGACGGUUACUCGCUCCUGUCUCAAGGGUGCACUUCGAAGAAAGUCAAGGAUCAGAGACACGGCGCGCAGUGUCAUACGCUCCCGCUAAGGUUUCGCGGAGUCUCAUAAACCUGCGCCCGAAGGGCGCCGCGCAAAAAAUUAGGGUAGGCAACUCGAGCAACCCGAGCAACUCGACCCGAUACGGGUCAGCAAGUGCCUUACUCUAUUAUAGAUACAUACAUAGAUGUCCGCAAAGUGCUAGUUUUCACAUGUAGUUCUUGAAGCACUGUUCUGCUUCAAAGCUUAUCUGAAUACUCCAAAGAGUACUCUUCUAAAAUGUCAGCAGGUCUGCGAGGCAGAUGAUGUAUGGGACUACGGAUUCGUCUUCCAGGAGGUCGUGACCCACGUCAAUCAGAUCACGCAGGAUAAGGCAUCCACAAGUUGA